CGCAUCGGCGACCCUUGCGAUAAAUUACACUGAACACGCACCUCGGCCUCGACGCAAAUUUUAAAGGUGAAUGAGCUUCCCGUAUCACAAAUCACGCCGUUCCAGGCAUCGAUGCAUCGGAAGCUUUAACCGUUUCCACCGGUUACCUUCUGGUUACGAGGAACAGUCGUGACUCGAUCGUCAGCACACAUUGACUAGCAGCAAGCAUCUUCAAUAACGUGGCAAAUAUAAAUCCAGUCCCUUGAUUACUUUGAAUCACCAGCAACACCUGCGAGUGCUCGGAGGAUAGUCUGCCCCAAGUAAUUUCUGUCAGUCAUACAUGGGAAAGAUCAGAUCAGCAGAGACCCUGUCUCCAAGAAGAAGCAUAUUCGAAUCAACUCGAAUACCAGCAUAAUCGCACAUACGAUUUGUGCUAAGGUAUAGAGUGUUCUAGAGAAAUAUAUAUAUAUAUAUAUAUACAUAUAUAAGUAUAUACGAAUAUGGCAAAGAUCAGAGGAGGGUAUAGGCGAGUGUAGAGGAGCAGAGAGCAGAGAGCAGAGAGCAGAGAGCAGGUUGUACUGUUGCCGUGGGCCGUGGCGCGCGGUGUGGUGCUGGUGAUGCUGGUGAUGCUGGUGAUGCUGGUGAUGCUGGCGCUGGUACCGAUGCCGAUGCCGAUGCUAUACGAAGAGAAGGAAGAAGGACGCCGCCACCGCCACCGCGGUAGUCUUUCUCCAGCGAGUUGGUAAGAUAAGGAGGAACGGACAAACGGACUGACGGACCCGAAGGUCAGAGGCUUAAGGGGAAAGGUGGAGAGGGAAGGGGAGGAGGACCAUUGUUGAUACCAACAAUGAAGAGUAAUUAUUUCGAGGCGACAUUAAGAAGAGGAAAGAUUCUCUCGAUGAUGAGAGAAUAGAGAAGAUCGAAUGGACGAUCGGGGAAAUACGGCGGCGGGAUUGGCUGGCAGCGGAACAUCCGGACCGCCGCUUGGAACGACGACCGGCUGGUGGACGCCGACGGCGACGGGGACGUCGACGACGACCACGGCGCCGGGAAACAGCGACGUGAUGAAUCAGCUUUGCAGAGUAUGCGGAGAACCAGCCGCGGGUUUCCAUUUUGGAGCCUUCACGUGCGAAGGUUGCAAGUCCUUCUUCGGAAGAACAUACAAUAAUCUGGGCAGCAUCUCCGAAUGCAAAAAUGGCGGAGUCUGCGUGAUAAAUAAGAAAAACAGAACAGCCUGCAAGGCAUGUCGACUGAGGAAAUGUCUGAUGGUGGGAAUGUCCAAAUCAGGAUCCCGAUAUGGUCGACGUUCGAAUUGGUUCAAGAUCCACUGCCUCCUUCAGGAACAAACCCAUCAAGCCCAAACGCGCCUGAAGGACCCAAAGUCACCGUACGAGAAGGUCUUCAGCUCUUUGGAUGCUGCCAAUAAUAAUGACGAUAAUGACAAUGAUAACGACGUUCACCGUCACCAUAGUCAUCAUCGUCAUCAUCACCAUCUUCAUAACCCCCAUCAGCCACACCAGCACCAACAGCAACAUCAGCAGCACCGUCUUCACCAUCAUCAUCCGUCCCACCGGAACGACGGCAGCGUCUUUCACGAGAGGUUGUCCAAGAGAGAAGACGCGACGCGAAGUCAGGAGCUUCCGGGUGUCCAGGAUCUACCUAGAGGACAGGAUAUAGCCAGGACCCACGAUCUGAUAAGGCCGGAAGCUGCCAGAUUUCCAAUAUGGCGGGGCCCCUCGUUCUUCCAUCCGGCCCUGACUCACAUGCAGCUCCUGAACUCGCCCUUCUUUCCGUUUCCACAGAGAUUCGUUGUGCCCUACGCGAACCAGGUUGCCGACCCAGGUCAAGUGACCAGCCUGUCGAGUUCAUCGAGUGACAGUGUCACACCAAGGUCGACACCGUCGCCGAAGCUAUCGGAGGAGGCGAAUCCAGAGAAGCUGCAAAAUCGGCAAGAUCGUCUUGGCAGAUCGGUAGACGCGUCUUACGACAGGAGCCUAGCGUUCCUGAGGUCUCUGGGACCGGAACAAGAAGAACCAAUGGACCUGAGCACGAAGAAGACGAGCGACGAGAAAAAGGAGGAGGUCGAAUCGACCGAUACGGAUGAUGAUCGAUCCUCGGUUGCGGGUGACAAUGAUAACCAGGAAUCGGAAGCUGGUCCUCCUCUCGACCUGACGAGAAAAACAUGACCAAAGAGGCUCCGAGAAACAGUGCGACUAACGGAAAAGGAAAAAAAAAAAAGAAAAAAAAACCUAAAAUCAAGUGAAGUGCCUGAAUGAUUAUAUAAAUCAUAGUAAUAAACUAAUGACAAUACUUAAAAGUGCCAGUAUACCCAGUCGAGUGAUAGUGACUGAUAGUUUUGUGCGAAUACAAAUCUUUGCACGUUGUAACCGCAAGUGUCCGAAGAAUUAAUCGAGUCGUGAUAAUAAUAAUGGGAAUUAUCAUAAUUGAAUUGUAAAUACGGUAGAAUAUUUUUGCUUAAAAAUGGCAAAUCAAGUGAGCGGAUCCCUUCGAUCGUUCGAUUAUAUCAAGGGAGCACGGUUGAACGUUGAAAGUCGAAGGCCAGUGUUAUUUUUGACAUUAUAAAAAGCAUUAUUUAUGUUUAAAGCUCAAACUACUUGACGCAUCUCUUUGAAUAGACGAGUUAUCCAAGUCCCGAGUUAUCGGGAUUAACGAUAGAGGUUACAGACGAUAACUUAAGAUUAAUCGCGAGGCCAGUACAAAGAGCGACAGACAGCAAAGUAAAAAUACGAAGCGCGUAAAUACCAACUGUUAGACGAUACGAAUAAUAAAGAAUAUUCUGUACCUAA